AUGUCGAACCUCAACUCGUGGGAAGACGACCCAUCCGCCCAGGACGACAACCUGUCGCGCCAGGCCCAACAGCAGCUCAACCUCAAUCAGCAGAACCCUCAAGCGGGCGCUUUCCGUCCAGGCGGCUCUUCCUUCACCCCAGGAGCCUCUUCAUUCACCCCCGGAGCUCAAGCUUUCCAGCCCGGCCAGCAAUACGGUGGCUAUGCCCAACAAUACCAGCAAUACUACGGCCAAGGCUACGGUGCUCCCAGCGCUGCUGGCGCUGCUGGCGCUGCAGGUGGCUACCCUCAGUAUGGCGGCCAGCAAGCAUUCAACCAAUACGGCCAGGGCAACUAUGGUGGCAGUUACCCCCAGCAAGGCUACCAGCAGCAAGCAUACGGUCAAGGCUACGGCCAGUACGGCCAGCAACAGCAACAGCAGCCCCAAGCUGCAGCACCUACCAUUGCUAAGCGUCCGACCGACGCCUCGGCCUCUGGUUCCAACACGCCAGCUCCCGGAGCCGCACCUCAACCCGCACUGAAGAGUGAGGGCGGUGCCAAGAUCUUGAGCAUCGGCGGCGACGCAUCUAAGCCGAAGGCCAAGGUUCUGUCCAUUGGCGGCACUGUUCCCCCCAAGGAGGAUAAGAAGAAGGAGGAGCCUCCCAAGGAGACCUCCUCUGCAGCUGCAGUCGAGGCCGGAGCCAAAGCAACCGCUUCCAAGGCGAUUGAGAAGACGGGAGCUUCUACCACUAAGUCUGGCAAGACUUCCCCUGCUCCUUCGUCAGGCCGUUCGAGUCCCUCUGGGCCGGAAAAGAAGGGAGUCGUGAGAGAUGUCGACGCCGUCCAAAAGGAACAGACGGCCGACGUUGACGAGGCGACUUUGAAGGAAAUCUAUGGAAAGGAGCAUGUCAACAUCAUUUUUAUCGGUCACGUCGAUGCCGGAAAGUCAACCCUGGGUGGCUCGAUCCUCUACAACACUGGUAUGGUCGACGAGCGGACAAUGGAGAAGUACAAGAAGGAGGCCAGGGACAUUGGCAAUCCGUCCUGGUACCUGUCUUGGGUCAUGGAUCUGAACAAAGAGGAACGGUCACAGGGUAAAACCAUUGAGGUUGGCAGAGGCUACUUCGAGACGGAGGUACGACGAUACAGUAUUCUCGACGCCCCCGGCCACAAGACAUAUGUCCCCAACAUGAUUGGUGGUGCCUCGCAGGCAGAUGUUGGUAUCUUGGUCAUCUCAGCCCGCAGGGGAGAGUAUGAGACUGGCUUCGAACGCGGUGGCCAGACUCGUGAGCACGCCAUGCUUGCCAAGACCCAAGGUGUCAACAAGCUGAUUGUUGCCAUCAACAAAAUGGACGAUGCCACCGUUGAAUGGUCUCAUGAGCGUUAUCAGGAGUGCACGACCAAGCUGUCCCAAUUCCUGAAGGGUACCGGCUACAACCUGAAGACGGACGUCUUCUUCAUUCCCGUUGCCGCACAGCAAUCGAUCAACAUCAAGGAGAGAAUCGCCAAAGGCAUCGCUGACUGGUACGACGGCCCGUCAUUGCUUGAGUACCUCGACGGUAUGAAGGCUCUGGAGCGCAAGGUCAACGCGCCGUUCAUGAUGGCUGUCGCCGGCAAGUACCGCGAUCUUGGGACCAUGAUUGAGGGGAAGAUCGAGGCUGGUGUCAUCAAGAAGGGCAUGUCGCUCGUCAUGAUGCCCAACAAGCAGAACAUUGAUGUAUCUGCUGUGUACGGCGAGACCGAGGAGGAAGUGCAGGUUGCGCAAUGCGGUGACCAGGUCCGCAUUCGUCUUAGGGGCAUCGAAGAAGAAGACAUCAUGCCAGGAUUUGUCCUGUGCUCGCCCAAGCGCUUGGUGCACAAUGUCCAGACUUUUGAGGCUCAGAUCCGUAUCCUGGAGCUCAAGAGCAUCUUGUCAGCGGGUUUCAACUGCGUACUGCACGUCCACGCGGCCAUUGAAGAGGUGACUUUCGCCGCACUGCUGCACAAGCUGCAAAAGGGCACUGGCCGCAAGAGCAAGCUGCCUCCUUCGCACGCGAAGAAGGGCGACAGCAUCAUCGCCCGUCUGCAGGUCAUUGGCGGUGCCGGAUCCGUGUGCAUUGAAAAGUUCGAGGACUACCCGCAAAUGGGUCGCUUCACCCUUAGAGACCAGGGACAAACCAUUGCCAUUGGCAAGAUCACGAAGCUGAUUACGGAGGAGACAUCUUAG